AUGCCCUCCACACCCACACUGAGCUUCAUGAUCAUCUUUUGCCUGGUGUCGUUGGUUUCUAUGCUGCAGAAUAGCUUCGUGAUCAUAGUGCUGGGCAAAGAGUGGGUGCAGAAACGGGUACUACCCGCAGCUGACAUGAUUGUGGCCUCUCUUGCUUCCUCCCGGUUCUGCCUGCAUGGGAUAGCCACCCUGUCUAAUCUCUUGGCCUUCUUUGAUUUUUGUUACCAAGCAAACCUUUUUGGCGUCCUUUGGGACUUCAUCACCACUCUAAUUUUUUGGCUUACCGCCUGGCUUGCCAUCUUCUACUGUGUGAAGGUCUCCGUAUUCUCCCACCCGAUCCUCUUUUGGCUCAAGUGGCGGAUUUCCCGGUUAAUUCCCAGGCUGCUGAUUGCUUCUCUCAUCAUGGGUGGCCUGUCAGCCAUCAUAUCUGCCACUGGAAACAACAUUGCGACUCAGAUGACCAUCUCCCAGGGUUUACAAGGAAACUACUGCACCUUUGGUUACCUGUCACUGGACUUCUAUUGGUACUAUUACCUGUCCCAUGCAGUGCUCAUGUGGUUCACUCCUUUCUUCCUGUUCCUAGUGUCCAUUACCUUGCUCAUGUUCUCAUUGUACCAGCAUGUGGGGAAGAUGAGGGAUCACAGGCUUGGACCUUGUGAUCCCCAUACUCAGGCUCAUACCAUGGCUCUGAAAUCCCUUACUUUCUUCUUCAUCUUCUAUAUAUGCUUUUUUCUGUCCCUGAUAACUUCUUCUACAAAAAUUAAAACCAUUCAGAGUUACUGGUAUUGGGCCAGGGAAGUCAUAAUCUACAUGGGCAUCUCUUUGAAUUCCAUCAUCCUUGUGCUUAGUAACCCCAAGCUACGAAAGGCCCUCAGGAUAACACUUAGGAUGUACAUGCUGCCCGAUCAUAAGCUUUCAAGGCCUUGGACCAAAGGUGUCUCUGCUCUCAAGUGA